CUCUGUUAUGUUGUAAAAGAUUGUGAUUGGCAUGUAAUAUCGCUGUUUUAUGACAUUAUGUCUCGCUCUCUAAAUACAUUACUAAGGAGACGCUUGACGCGUAAAUACCUUACGGCACACCGUUUUAAGUCUCACUUCGAUCUUAUCGUUUUGGGGGGAGGUUCCGGAGGCUUAGCUUGUUCUAAAGCAGCAGCAAAGUUCACAGAUCGCGUAUGCGUGAUUGAUUUCGUUCGACCUUCUCCAGUCGGAAAUACAUGGGGUCUGGGAGGAACUUGUGUCAAUGUGGGUUGCAUCCCUAAGAAGUUAAUGCAUCAGGCAGCUUUAAUUGGCGAUGCUAUCGAUGAUUCAUCGUCUUAUGGUUGGGAAUUACAUGGGAAGAUCAAUCAUAAUUGGGAUAGCUUGGUAUCUAAUGUUCAACAGCAUAUAAAACAAUUAAACUGGAACCAUAGAGUAGAUUUACGUUCAAAAAAAGUUCAGUACAAGAAUGCCAAAGGCAUGUUUGUAAGCAGUGACACUCUCAGGCUAACAAAACAAAAUGGUGAAAAGGAAGAAAUAAGUGGAGAAAAGAUUGUUAUAGCUGUUGGAGGAAGACCAACUUAUCCUAAUAUUGAAGGAGCAAUUGAAUGCUGCAUUACUAGUGAUGAUAUUUUUAGUCUUAGUAAACCUCCUGGCAAAACACUCGUUAUUGGUGCCAGUUCAGACUGUAAGCUCACUAUUUUCCCAUUAGAUGUUGGCCUAGAAAUAGCUGGUUUCCUAAACGGUCUGGGGUAUGAGACUUCAUUAAUGGUACGAUCGAUUCCCCUUAGGGGCUUCGAUAUCCAAUGUGCCUCGCUUGUAAUGCAAAAUCUAAGUAACAGAGGGAUAACAAUUCUGGAAAAGAAAAUACCAAAACGUUUUUACUUGAACAAUUCUUCGAAAGUUGUGGUUUAUGAAUCACAAGAUGGUAAAGAAGUUGAAGAAUCAUUUGAUACAAUAGUACUUGCCACUGGUCGAACAGCAGACACAUCUGGUUUAGGUUUAGAAAAGAUCGGUGUAGAACUGGACGAGAAUAAGAAAGUUAUCGGUAAUUUUGGAGGAGAAUUUGAAAGAACUUCAAUCGACAACAUAUAUGCCAUUGGCGAUAUUUUAAAGGGAGGCGUCGAGCUGACACCAGUGGCAAUAAAGGCCGGUAAACUAUUAGCAAAACGUCUAUUUGAUGAAGGCACGGAACAUAUGGACUACAAAGGAAUACCUACAACUGUGUUUACACCACUUGAAUACUCUUGCUGUGGACUAGCAGAAGAAAGUGCAAUUAGUCAAUACGGAAAUGACUCCAUAGAAGUGUAUCAUGCUUUUUAUAGACCUCUGGAAUUUAUUCUAUCGAAUAAACGACAUCAGGAAUGCUAUAUAAAGAUGAUAGUAAACAAAGCCGACAACGACAGGAUUCUAGGUUUACAUUUCUUGGGACCACAUUCUGGCGAAGUUAUGCAAGGAUUUGCUGCGGCAAUAAAAUCAGGUGUUACCCUGCAGGGCAUAGAAGGAACUGUAGGCAUACAUCCAACUUGUGCUGAGGAAAUCGUCAAAUUAAAUAUAACAAAACGGUCGGGUUUAGAUCCAACAGUUACUGAAUGCUGA